GGUAUUGUUGAGAAUGUCCUGGUGAAGGUAGACAAAUUCAUAUUUCCAGUCGACUUCAUAGUCUUGGAGAUGGAGGAGGACAGAGAGGUGCCCAUGAUCCUUGGCAGACCGUUCCUUGCGACAGGUAAAGCAUUAAUAGAUGUGGAACAAUGUAAGCUCACUUUAAGAGUUAUGAAUGAACAAAUAACUUUUAAUGUUUAUGACGCCAUAAAGAAAUUUGAUGAUGGCAAAUCAUGUUACACCAUUGAUAUUAUUGAUGAGCUUAUCUCUGAGUCUGUGGAGGAGAAAGCAGGUGUGGAUACAAUGGAAUCAGUCCUUAGGGAUCUGGACGAUUGGAGUGAUGAUGAUGAGCAUGAGGAAGAAUCUGUGGAGAAGGUAUCAGAAAUCAAGGCUCGCUACUAUGAGGAGCUGGGCACUAGUGCGACAAAACCAGUAUCAUCUUUGACACAGUCCCCGGUGCUAGAACUUAAACCAUUGCCUAGCCAUUUAAAAUAUGCCUAUCUUGGAAUAGAUGAUACUUUGCCAAUAAUUAUCUCUUCUUCCUUGACAGGUGAUCAGGAGCAACAGCUCCUAAGCGUGCUGAGAGAGCACAAGGAGGCAAUAGGAUGGACUAUUGCAGAUAUCAAAGGGAUCAGCCCUUUGAUUUGCACUCACAGGAUAAUGUUGGAAGCUGAGUGCAAACCCAUAGUGCAACCACAGAGGCGACUUAACCCAACUCUCAAAGAGGUAGUGAAGAAAGAAGUGCUUAAACUGUUGGAUGCAGGUAUUAUCUAUCCUAUCUCAGAUAGUAAAUGGGUUAGUCCUGUUCAAGUAGUGCCCAAAAAGGGUGGUAUGACUGUGGUUAAAAAUGAGGUCAAUAAAUUAAUCCCGACUCGUACUGUGACUGGGUGGAGAGUUUGUAUAGAUUACAGAAAACUAAAUGAUGCUACCCGUAAAGACCAUUUCCCCCUCCCCUUCAUUGAUCAGAUGCUAGAAAAACUUGCAGGGCAUGAUUAUUAUUGUUUUCUAGAUGGUUAUUCUGGUUACAAUCAGAUUCAUAUAGCACCCGAGGACCAGGAGAAAACCACAUUUACUUGUCCUUAUGGCACUUUUGCCUUUAGGAGAAUGCCUUUCGGUCUCUGUAAUGCACCUGCCACUUUCCAGAGGUGCAUGAUGUCUAUAUUUUCUGACAUGUUAGAGAAUUUUAUUGAAAUAUUUAUGGAUGAUUUCUCUGUUUUUGGGAAGUCAUUUGAAUCUUGUCUGACAAAUUUAGGCUGUGUGCUUAAAAGAUGUAAGGAGACUAAUCUGCUUCUGAACUGGGAGAAAUGUCAUUUUAUGGUAAGAGAGGGUAUAGUCUUAGGUCACAAGGUGUCAAAGAAAGGGAUUGAAGUUGAUCGAGCAAAAGUGGAGAUAAUAGAGAAGUUGCCACCACCCACUUCAACAAAAGGAGUAAGGAGCUUCUUAGGACAUGCUGGCUUCUACAGGAGAUUUAUCAAGGACUUUUCUAAAAUCUCUAGACCUCUUUGUAAUUUACUUGAAAAAGAUUCUGCUUUUGUUUUUAAUGACAAUUGUUUGCAGGCAUUCAAUUUAUUGAAGGAGAAACUCACUUCUGCACCAGUGAUCGUUGCACCUAAUUGGGAGCUUCCGUUUGAGCUGAUGUGUGAUGCCAGCGACUAUGCUGUAGGAGCAGUACUUGGGCAAAGGAGAGGUAAGGUAUUUCAUGCAAUAUACUAUGCUAGUAGAACUUUAAAUGAGGCCCAAAAGAACUAUGCCACAACUGAAAAGGAGCUUUUAGCAGUCAUAUUUGCAUGUGACAAGUUUCGGCCUUAUCUGAUAGGUUCUAAGAUCAUAGUAUACACAGACCAUGCUGCCCUGAAAUAUUUGUUUGCCAAAGCUGAUGCUAAACCUAGGCUAAUUCGUUGGAUUCUACUGCUACAAGAAUUUGACCUGGAAAUUAGAGACACAAAGGGAACUGAAAAUGUAGUGGCUGAUCACUUAUCCCGUUUGGAAUCUGAUUGUUUAGAUUCACCCAUUAAUGAAAAGUUCCCUGAUGAACAAUUGCAUGUAGCAGAAAUCCAAGGAUUACCUUGGUAUGCUGAUAUAGUCAAUUACAUGGUUAGCAACAUCACACCAUAUGGUUUGUCAUCUCAACAGAAAAAGAAAUUUUUGCAUGAUGUGAAAUACUAUUUUUGGGAUGAACCAUAUCUGUUUAAAUAUUGUGCUGACCAAGUAAUUAGACGCUGUGUGCCUGAAACUGAGACUUGUGGACAGGUUGAGGUGUCCAAUAGGGAAAUAAAGCGUAUCUUAGAGAAAACAGUCAAUGCAUCUAGGAAAGAUUGGUCUUUAAAACUUGAUGAUGCAUUGUGGGCUUACAGGACAGCUUUCAAAACCCCCAUAGGAAUGUCCCCAUACAAGAUUGUUUAUGGUAAAUCAUGUCACCUACCAGUAGAGCUUGAGCACAAAGCAUAUUGGGCCAUAAAAUACCUUAACUUUGAUUUACAAGCUGCAGGUGAAAAGAGAUUGCUCCAAUUGAAUCAGAUGGCUGAGAUGAGAGAGGAAGCAUAUGAAAAUGCUAGGAUAUACAAGGAGCGAGCCAAGCGAUGGCAUGAUAGGAACAUCCUAAAGCGAGAGUUUUUGCCUGGUCAGAAAGUCCUAUUAUACAACUCUCGCUUGAAGUUGUUCCCAGGUAAGUUAAAAUCUCGAUGGUCUGGACCAUUUGUUAUUUCUAAUGUUUUUCCCUAUGGUGCAGUUGAGCUGAAGUCAGAAGAUGACCGCACUUUUAAAGUAAACGGUCAUCUUCUCAAGCAUUACUUUGAAGGGGAAAAUAUUGAUGGUGAUGCCACUACGGUGGAUCUAGCAAAUUCGGUUGAAGAAUUGGAAAAGUCGAACUAGCGACUAUAAACUAAGUGCUUCAUGGGAGGCAGCCCAUGUCUAAGAGCUAAAGUCCCUGUUGGCUCUCAAUUCUUUUGCUUCAUUUGUUUUAUUUUGAUUUGCUGUUGGUUUGUACUUUAUCAAGCACCCACUCAUUGGGUAGACUUGGGAUAUUUGCUAUUUGAUUGUUUUAGUUAAGAUGGAUUAUCUGCUAUUUUUGUUCUUUUUGUUGUUUUCUUUUUGUUUUUGAAGCCAGGGUGGAUAACAACUGCUGACUCUCUCUAUUGCUAUACCAGUUGGAACUCCAAUUGCUUCAACUUAAUUUUUCGAAACCGGGGAAGUACUAGUAUCUCUUUUUCUCUUAUGUUCUUUAUUUUUAUUUUCGUUUUACUAGAGCUACAUUAGGAACAGUGAGGACACUGUUUAAUCUAAGUGUGGGGAAGGGAGAUACUAAACAGAUGGAGUAUAAAAUUGAGUAUAGUGUUGAUGUCUGAAUUCUGCGAUUUAAUUUGUUACUCAUGACAUCUGAUGCCUGUCUUUGUUGAUAAAUAGUUAUACUUCCCUGUCACCUUGAAUUAUAAUUGUCCUUAAGUUAUCUGGCAAUUGUUAGGC